AUGGUAGCCCAAGACGCAUCCACCACGGGCGCCAACACGCAGGGCGACGUGCGCCGACGAAACGUGGGCAAUGGCCAGCCUAACGGCAGCUACAUUCCGCAAGAGGUCGACGACAAGCUCGACGAGAAGACCAAGCAGAAGGUGCGUGGAGGCUGAACUGCACAACCAUGCCGCACAUGGGCAGAAACCGCGGUAUGAGUAGAGCUUCUGAGUAGAGCUGACAGACUCGAUCUAGGCCAACUCUUUCAUCCAGAUCCUCGACGACUACGAAUUCCUAAUCGCUCCCAUAAUCUUCACCGCUUUAGCCUUCUUCACGCGCAUGUGGAAGAUUGGCCUCUCGCCCAUCGUCACCUGGGAUGAAGCUCACUUUGGCAAGUUCGGAUCCCACUACCUCAAGCGUGAGUUCUACUUCGAUGUCCAUCCUCCUCUGGGAAAGAUGCUCGUUGGUCUCUCUGGAUACCUGGCGGGAUACAAUGGCUCCUUCGAAUUCAAGAGCGGCGAGACAUAUCCUGAAGAGCUCAAUUACACCUUCAUGCGGCUGUUCAACUCAGCAUUCGGCGCUCUCUGCAUUCCUCUCGCGUACUUCACCGCGAAAGAGCUGCACUUCAAGAGGCCGACGGUCUGGUUGGUGACGAUGAUGGUGCUUUUCGAGAACAGCUACACAACUAUUAGCAGAUUCAUCCUGCUGGACAGUAUGCUUCUGUUUUUCACUUUCACGACCGUCUUCUGCUGGGCCAAGUUCCACAAUCAGCGACACGAUCCUUUUGGGCCUGAAUGGGGACUUUGGCUUUUCAUGACCGGUAUCUCGAUUGGAUGCGUGUGCAGCGUCAAGUGGGUUGGUAUGUUCGGAACCGCGCUGGUUGGUCUGUACACGGUUCAGGACCUCUGGAACAAGUUCGGCGAUCUCAAGAUGCCAAAGCCGGUCCUGGCAGCUCAUGUUGGCUUCCGUGUUAUUGGGCUCAUCCUCAUUCCACUCGCGGUCUACAUGUUCUCUUUCUGGAUCCACUUCCUUGUGCUAGAGAACAGCGGUCCAGGCGAUGCGCAGAUGUCUUCUCUGUUCCAGGCCAACUUGCGUGGGACGGAAGUCGGAAAAGACAGCCCUCUUGAGGUUGCUUUUGGCUCUCGCGCAACGCUGAAGAAUAUGGGAUACGGUGGAGGUCUUCUUCACUCGCAUAUUCAAACCUACCCGGAAGGCUCCAACCAGCAGCAGAUCACAUGUUAUCACCACAAGGAUGCCAACAACGAUUGGUUUUUCUAUCCGAACAGACAUGAGCUUGACUUUGACCCAGAAGCUCCUCUAAAGUACGUCGGUAACGGCGAUGUCAUUCGAUUGAUUCACGCACAGACCGGCCGCAACUUGCACUCUCAUCAGGUCGCAGCCCCAGUCACGAAGGCUGACUGGGAAGUCUCUUGCUACGGCAAUACCACCAUCGGCGAUACCAAGGAUCACUGGCAAGUCGAAGUGGUCGACGAUGCCGCAUCGAGGGACUACUCCAAGCUUCGAACCCUCACCACGGCGUUCCGUUUGAAGCAUGUCGAUCUUGGCUGCUACCUGCGUGCCGGCAAUGUCAACCUGCCUCAGUGGGGUUUCAAGCAGAUCGAAACCACCUGCGUUAAGGAGAACAAGCCUCGUGAUCCAUACACCCACUGGAAUGUCGAAUCGCACUGGAACGAGAAGCGUAAGUAUUCGGUCCCUUUCGCAGACUUGUACUCAGCUAACACGUGACAGUUCCACCUGGCGACCCAGGCUCAUACAAGUCUCCUUUCCUCCGUGACUUUGUUCAUUUGAACGUGGCUAUGAUGACCUCCAACAACGCGCUCGUCCCCGAUCCGGACAAGCAAGACGAUCUUGCGUCAAAGCCAUGGCAGUGGCCUUUUCUCCACGUCGGUCUGCGCAUGUGCGGUUGGGACGACCACAUCGUGAAAUACUUCCUCCUCGGAAACCCGGUUGUGUACUGGGGCUCUACCUUCUCUCUCGCCCUCUUCAUGGGCAUGGUCGCCUGGUACGCCAUCCGCUGGCAACGCGGCUACGACGAGCUCACUUGGGGACAAAUCGAUCACUUCAUGUACUCCGGCCUUUACCCCGUCAUCGGUUGGUUCCUUCACUACCUGCCAUUUGUUGCCAUGGCACGUGUCACGUAUGUGCACCACUACUACCCUGCGCUUUACUUUGCCAUUCUUUGCUGCGGAUUCUGCCUGGAUUGGUACACGCGAAACCUCCGCUCAACGCUGCAGUGGGGCAUCUUCAUCCCACUGUCUGGCCUCGUCUUUGGCAUGUUCUGGCUGUUCAGAGCAUUCUGCUUUGGUAUGGAGGGCUCGAACCAGCAGUGGAAGCACCUGAAGUGGUUUUCCACCUGGAGAAUGGCGGAUUAG